UUUCUUUCAGGGGGAAGUGGAAUUUUGCGCGGGAAUUGAGACAAGACACAAUUGUAGUAUCUCAUAUUUUAUUGGUUUAAUUCCCAAUUCGUUAACUUCUUUCCCAUACCAUUCACCAUGUCCGGCGAGGCUAGUCUCGCGUCCAAAUGGACGCGGCCAGAUGAUUUUAUCAAACUCCAGCGGCUUAAACAAAAGAAGAAACAAUUGGCAGCACGUGUGAGCAACAACAACAAUUGCAAAAGGCCAACACUUCAAUUGGAUGAGACUGAUAAGAGCAAACUUUUAGAGGCAAAACUAGCGCAGAAACGAAAGAAUCCCUUUGCCAAAUCCACAGCAGAUGCGAAGAAGCAGCGAGUUGAUUCCCAGGUCCAGGACCUGCCUGUGGUCACGGCCUCGUCCUGCUUCGUCCGUGAGACGCCCAACCGUCCGCCGGCGGCCAAGCUUGUGCUACAGAAAUUCGAUGCCCAGGCCUUUGCCAAGCUGCUGCAACAGCCAUACGCCGAGGAGGAGGACGAUGCCACUCUGGCUGCCCAACAGAAGCACACAGCGCAUCUGCCUGUGGACUGGUGCCUGAAGACGCGCGCUCGCUUCUUCUGCCCGACGGAACUGCCGGCCGUUCAGUUGAAGACCUCCCAGCUGGCCAGCGGACUGACCAGCUUCGUGCGCUGCAUCGACACCCAGCAAUCUGAGAGCACGCUGGACAUCUCGGAUGCCACGCGGUUCAAUCAGUGCACCUACUACUGGCAGCACCCGCAUCUGCCCUGGCUGACGCUCUUCCCGCGCAACUCCAAGGAGAACAUCGGCGUGACGGUCGGCGAGCGCGAGCGGAAGGCGCUGGCCGAGGAGUGGGACUACAGUUUCCGCGGACUCUUCCAGCUGCUGCGUGCCCGCCAGUGCCCCUACUUUUACUUGUGCGCCAACUCGUUCACGGUGCUGUUCCGGGCGGCGGGAAUUGGCGGCCGCGCCGAGAGCCAUGCCCUGGUCACACCCUCGACGCGUGGCAUGAGGGUUGCCCUGCGCCAAGAGGGAAUAGAGUUUACGAUGCCCCUAAAGAGCGAAGCAGGCGGUGGCGAUGGCAGCUUCACAGAGGAGAGCACCAGCAGCUCUACGAUGGAUGCACCAGACGAAACAUCUGUGCCUCCGCCUCCUCCAACUGGCGAAGACGACGAGGACGAUGAUGAGGCCUGGCUGGAGAGCUUGGGCGUCGACGAGCGGGAACUGCGACGCAUACAGGCCUCCCACGCCAGGAAACAGCAGGCAGCCGAGAUGCGAGAGGAUUUCAGCGACAACUCGCUGCUGCUCAUCGAUGGAGUGGAGUGCCAGGGCUUCUUCAGCUAUCUGCUGAACGCCAAGAGCGCCAUCAGCAAUGUGGGCCGUCUGGCGGGAGUGCCACCCACCCUGCUGUCGCCAGUUGCCUUCCCAAAGGCCACCAUGCAGCACCUGGUGCCGCGCUCCAAAAAGGUUCGCCUCGAUGGCGUGGAUUACUUCAGCACCGACAUCAAGGGCCUGAUCCUGCCCACAUUUCUGCCCAGCGUGGCGGAGCUGCUCUCCGAGACGCGCCAGAUGUUCAGCUCCACUCUGGCCAGCAGCACCAAUACCUUGGCCUUCAGCAAGGCCUCGCAGAAAGUGCUGGAAACGGCAGAAGUACCUCAGCCAGACGGCACGGAAGGUACCGCCGCCGCCGACCAGGUGUUUGGCGAGCAGAAUCUCUCCGAGUGCGGCCUCCUGCCAGCCGUGGUGGGCUCCAUAUGUCGCACUGGCCAGCAUGCUGUCGGCCUGCUGGAACGUGUCUGCUAUCAGCGGGGCGAGGGCUAUGCUUGGAGUUGAUUAAUUCGAGGCAGUUGGCCCACAGCUUGUCUUAAGUUGUAUAUUUGUUGUAUGUAAUAAAGUUUUAAUUGCUAU